CCAGUAGGUGGCAGCCGCACCGUGUGUGUGGUCGAGGUUGUCGACUCUCAGAGAAGAAGUCAAGCGGGUCGCAAACAUGGCGUCUGUUGUGUAUCGGUGUGUGUUACCUGCUACGAGGUAACAGCGGCAACGUCGCGGUGUUGCGGGACUGUAGGGCAAGAAGCCGGGGGGAGGGGAGAGGCAAGAGGAGUCCUCGGCGUCGAGGCCGUCGUCAUGGAGUACGGCGUGGCGCGCAGGGUGUCGUGUCCCUCCAGGAGCAUAUCCUCGGAGUUCGGCGCUAACAUUAGCAUGAUGCAAGAUGGCGAGCUGAAUGUGCUCCAUCCUGCCAGCAAGACUCCGGGACACACUUUGGCCACCAAGACUCCGGGACACACUUUGGGCAGGGGGACGCAGAGGAGCUCGUCCGCCUCGCAGCUCGUCCACCAGAGACACAUGCCCAUGGAGCCCGGCAAGUUCCACAUCCCGAGGAAGUCCAAAGAGGAGAAAGCUUUGUUGAAGCACAUCUCCAGUGAGUCGCGUGAGUACGAUGGCGUGAUGAACAUCCUGAUGUCCAGCUACAUCGACACCGCCUCUGUUGGCUGCUUCACCUACAGCUGUCUCCGCCUGGUCCACAGCGAGCAGCUGGAAAAAGAGUUUGUGGAGAAGAGGAGAGAGAUGAAGGCUGACGGGAGGAUGGAGAAAGAGCUGGAGGAGAGCUACUGUUUCCUCUGGACUGAAGAGGACAAGGUACCCUGGCUGUGUGAGAAAGGCUUGAUUGUGGGUCAAACCUGGCUGUCGCUCUUGGGAGACACAAAUAAAGGAGUGUAUUUGAGCAGGUACUCAGACCUGCUACAAGUUCAACCGUUGACCCCGGGAGCCACGGGCGACCUCAUCAUCUUCAAAGUGAUGAAGGGCAAAGUGAAGAGCAUAAAUGACAACAUCAAAAACGUGCUGGAUCCCACGCCUCGCUUUGACAGUCACCUACCCAAAAACGCCAGCAACGUCACCUCAGUCACUUCCUUUCGCGCUUUCGAGUUAACGCAGCAAUACUUUUACGAGUACGACUUCGAUGAGCUGCGACCACGGCCUCGCCAGGUCUGUCCCUAUGCUGUUGUGUCCUUGCUGUUUAAAGGAAAGGACUCUCUCCUUCCCAGCACUCCUUUGGCCCCCGUCAGGCAGAACAGUCGACCGGCAGAGGCGAGUAAAGAGGGAGCUCACUUCACUGUGUGGAGCGGCGACCUGGUGCACAGUGACGAGACUGUCUUACAGAUCUCCCUUCGCUCCUCCUCACUGCCCUUCCUCCCCCACAGACUACCUGACAGGUUGGAAAUGGGUUUCUUGAUGAGGCUGGACAAGGUGACCAAGCUCCUGCCAGUGCAGCUGUUCUCGCGGAGCCUCUACAGCAGCAGCAGCAAAGAAGUUGUGAGUCACGGCCAUCACUGCAGCCUACUGGAGGUGGUUGACAGAAGUCGCUCGACAAGCAGCAUAACCACACUGCUGCAGGAGAUUGAAGUCAAAAGACUGGUUUUUGUGACCCCUCUGACUGAGAGAGGUUUUCUCUUUCUGCUGUCCAGUGUCCAGAUGACCUCGCCCCCUGAGAGAGACGAUGGGUGGAAGCGGUGUCUCCAGGCCUUGUUUGUCUUUCCUGAAAGCAGAGACGUGGCCAAAGCCGCACCAAGCGGUGGCAUUUCUUUGGAUGUCCCUGGUUCAUCUGAUAGCAAGAUAAUGCCAGGUCUGAAGCACUUCAUGCCGGCCCUGCAUCACGCCCUCAUCAAGAACCGCGCCAAUCCUCCUGUGGAGCUCUCUACAGGCGUGGAGCUGCAGGCUCAGGAAUACUUAAUUGGCCUAAAAGAGGGCAAGGUGCAACCACACCCCAUGGCUGAGUACGAUGAAAAAGAGGACAAGAGGAAAACGCCAUUUCCAGCUCCCAAACACCACCAGCUCAACUUGGAUGGAUACCUGCAGUCAUACCUGCACAGCCCUGGCAACUACCAGCUGUCCGUCAGCCAUGCCAGGAAGAUGGUGGAGGUGCACUGUAGCCACAUGGAGUCUGAGGAGGUGAGGCCAGAGGUGCAAGAGGUGGUCAGCAGCAACACACAGAAGAUGCAGCAGCUGAUGGACCUAGUGUUGACCAGCAAGAGGAACGCUGAGAUUGAAGUAAGGCGGGAGGAAGGAGGAAGAGUAGGCGAGAUGAAAAGCCUGGUGAGGAAGAGGAGAAUGGAGCAGAAAAUGGCAGAGCGGACACUGACAUAUUUGAAGGCGUCGCAGGAACGGUCAAAAUGUGACAAGAUUACAGGUGAAGGUAGUCAAGCCUCCGCCCCCCCAGGUACUCUCCCCGCUGUCAUCCAGUCGGUCGGGCUGAUGGGUGUGGUUCUUCGGGAAGACGGAUCAGAGCUUUCCAAGAGACUUUGCAAGCUGCUGACAGGUCUCAAGCAGGCUGCCCGAGGAGCGGCCACGAGAGUUCGCAAUGAGGGUCCAGAGGAGAUGCAGGAAGACUCAUCUCCCUUCGACAGGCUGGCCGCUAAGCUGGGACUGCCUGCCAACUGUGACAUUGACCUAAGGAAGCAGGACGAGCUGGAGGAUCACACAGCAGGCAGUGUGAGUAGCCUGGAGGGAUUCAGUCCCAGCGGGGACCAUUCUCUCCACGGAGGAGGAGGCGGAGGCCUUGCGAGGAGAGCAGGAGGGUACGAGGAUGAUGAGGAGCAGUGGGAGAUCCCCUGGGUGCUCACCCCCAUUACAGGCCUGUGUUCAGAGAGGUACACCCAGAGGGAAAGAAACCUCCCGAAGGAUCCUCGCCUUCAUCACGUCACCAUGGAGACGCUGCCAGAAAACCCCACACCAUCUCCUGGGCCCAGCCCCCCACUCUGCUCCUCACCUGAGACCAGCCCACCUCCUUCCCCCAAGCCCAGCCCUCCCCUGCCCCGCAGACCCUAUCGCCCACUGUCUCCAUCUGGGCCACCAUCACAGGAGCCCUACCGCCCCCCUUCCCCCUCCCCUGCCAGCUGCCUGGCUCGUCGCAUCAGCUCCCUCCCCCUCCCCCCUCUAAGUUGGUCCCCGCCAAAGCUAAUUAAGCAGCAAAAUGAUGUAGAAGUGCUGCAGGUUGCUCCCCCCUCCCCCAUGGAGUGUGGAGGAACCUCCAUGGCCACAGAACACAAAGCUGAGGACAAAGAAGAGCAGGACAUCUCAUUUAUCGAACCAUCCGUUUCUCCGGUCGUCUCUCCACCAUCAGAGAGGAUGACGAGCCCCCCGCCGUCAGCUCCUGAGCAACGGGGACACAACACAGGCGGAAAAAUAGGAGAGUUUGAAGACGUACAGCUUGCCAGGGAUGACAAACAAUCACAAGAGGAAGAUGUGAUGGAGGUGAUUGACUUGACUCGAAGCCCGCCCGGGGUGAAGGAGGUGAUGAUGCAAGACGCGCCCAUCUCCUCGCCGCCUGCCUGUCCUCUCCAAGCUAUCGACCACAUCGUGGACAAACAUCUCCACAAAUUCUCUUCCGACAUGCAGCUCCUCCUGCAGAAAGAAAGCAUUCAGUGCAGCUUCCCUGAAGGUUUCAAUGCGCCGACCAUCCCCGCCCAGCACGCCAUGCCUUUCACCGUGGUGACUCCCUUUUCGCAAUACGUGUCCUUGUUCCAUCCGUGUCCCCCGGCCCAGGGCUACGUGAGCUCGCUCCAGGACGGUAUCAGCAGCAUGUUGCAAGACUUUAACGACGCCGGGUCGGGCCGGAGCCGAGCUGAACCUGAGACGGCUCUGGCCAGCACAGUCAGCGCCUUCGUGUCCAGUAUCAGAGCGGCGAACACCCGAGCGGACGAGGACGUGUCCUCCUCAGGGGAACUGACAGCUUCAGACGGUCAGAGGACAACAUUCUCUGGAGAAAGUGAGGUUUGGCAACCUGACGCACCCUGCAGACAGUUGUCUGAUCCACCAAACAGGAGUCCCCCACCUCAUGACUUCCCUGCAGCUUCACCUACCUCUGCCUCCCCAGUCGUCCCCCACACUCGUAGAGCACCUGAGCCGAGCGCCACUUUAGACGUGGACUUCGCCGUGUCUCACAGCAUUCACCAAACCCACUCCACAGCCACAGUGGAACCCCCGCUAGCCUGCGAGCAGGUCUCCAGCUCGGAUUCCCUCCCGCCGGCGUCGGCCCUCAGCUCUGUGAUCCGCCAGCUGAAGCCCGAGGUGUUAAACAACCUAUGUGAGAUCAUCAAGGACGUCCAGAGGAGCUCCACACUGCAGUUCUACAUCCACAGCAACCAGCCCGAGGACCAGCUGAGCCAAGACAUCAAGGAAUACCUCUCCCAGCAGGGUCACAUGGAGCAGAAUCCUGUUCUCUUCUUGAAGCAAGAAGCCUCAGAUCGCAGACUUCUGGUAGUCAUUAAGAAGAGCGACAUAGAGGAACAUAUACACCAGAUCCCGGGCCUGGUCUCGCUCAAACAGCAGCAGUCUGUGGUCUUUGUCGGGGUCGAAAGCGUGGACGACAUGAGGAACCACACAUACGACCAGCUCUUUGUGUGCGGCGGCUGCGUCAUCCCCGAGGACCUGCUCCUCAAUCCAGACCUCGUCCCUCCUGAUCAACUGUCUGCACUGCUGGAACUCUUGAAACAGCGGACUUCUCUGGAGAGUGUUUGGAAGUGGCUGAUUCACAGCAAACCCCUCAAGAAACUCAAAGAUCAAGCCAGGUUCCGGCGAGACGCCGCCAGCUUGUUAGACAUCCUGGUGAGCUACCAGAAGCAGCAGAUUGUGGAGUUCCUGCCGCCUCAUCACUGCGACAAGAUGAACCAGCAGUCGCCCGACCUGGACUGUUUGAUCAGACAUCAGGCCCAAAACAUUCGCUUCCAACACACCGUUUUCCUGACUGUCAGUUGCUUGGACUUCAUGAAGUACUCCAAAAGCGGCAUCAUCGCGGCUGGCGUGGCGGAGAUGUUGGGCAACUUUGAUGCGCUGCUCGGUCACCGUGACAACGGGGACAAACAGCCAAUCGCGGAGGACCUGCAGUCAUCCAAAGGCGUCUUGAGGGCGUCGUGUCGCGAGGACGAUGACGCCGGCGAUGCCACCCGACUCGCCCGCCUGCGGCCCGACUCCGGCAGUCCUCCCUCGUUGGACCAGCUGGUCCCGGAGCACUCGGACAAAGACCUGCACAUCUUACAGAUGGCCAUCUCACACCUGCGGGCCGAGAGGCAGCAGGAGUGCUCGGGCGCCGAAGUCCGGGCGCAGGGCAAGGGGGCGGGGUCGCCCUCACAAAGUCAAGCCCGCUGGAUAAACGACGCCUCCGCCGAUAUCCCCACGCAGACGUCCGACCAAAGCGCGGCCGCAGACCCCAGCGACGGCAGGACGGAAGAAAUGGAGCAUGAACACAUUUCCACGGGCGUGGUCUCCUCCAGUUCCAGUUCCUGUCCUGUAGAGGGCGACACUCUGAGCCCUCUCGGGAACAAGGAAACAAGAGGCGUCGCCAUGACAACGGCGCACCAGCAGCACAUCCCCCCAAACCGCCAUCGUCCUCGGCACCGUCCUCGGCGCCGUCCGUCCCGUCCACGAGCGCCCCUCGGCUGCCCGCCGUGGUUGAGCGCCAACCAGCAGCACCCGCGCCUCCACUCGGACUCGCCGACCACACCCUCGCCCGGCAGGGACUUUUGGGAGCUUCAGAGACAACGGACUAGCGCGGACUGUGCGGGAGUGCCGGGCGGGUACCUCUACCCUCCCAGACCGAGUACCAGCGGGCACUGGGGCUGGCAGCAAGGAGGCAGAGGCUUUAACGGGAUGUAG